GGCAGAGCUGCUUUUCGACUCAAGAGCCUUACAGUUGUUUUCUGUAGUUAGGCUCACAGUCUUGGCAGCCUGAAUGACAAGCCUGGGAAAUGCUGGGGUCCACCUGCUGCAACUCGGUGACAACCAAUGAUAGGACAAGGGGUAAUGGGUACAAACUGGAACACAAAAGGUUCCACUUAAAUUUGAGAAGAAGCUUCUCAGUGAGGGUGAGAGUGCCAGAGCACUGGAACAGGCUGCCCAGGGAGGUUGUGGAGCCUCCUACUCUGGAGGCAUUCAAGACCCGCCUGGACACCUUCCUGUGUAACCUCAUCUAGGUGUUCCUGCUCUGGCAGGGGGGUUGGACUAGAUGAUCUUUUGAGGUCCCUUCCAAUCCCUAACAUUCUGUGAUUCUGUGAACUCCACCCCAUUCCAGCCACUUGCAUUCAACAGGUAUGUGGUGAAUGCUAGGAAGUAUCUGUGGAAAAACUAGGUACUUCUGUGGUUCUUUUUUAGUUGCUAGAAUUCUCCCCAGACAUAAGUUUUAACAUAUAUAAGACACCAGACUGACUCGGGACUUCUCUGCAUAUCUCCUGCAUCUCCAUUUCCUGUGUUAAUCCCUGUUUAACUGAGAUGGUGGAGCGAUGUGAUACUUCAUAGCAAACCAACCUUUGGAAGGCUCUUUACUGUAAUUUUGGCUUCAAGGCAAUGAAUUGUACUCGAAGUGUUAAAUGCAGCUAUCAAUUCUUUAAAAGAAACUGCUGAAUUCUGGCGGUGUGGGAUUAUAAACUGGCUUCCCUGAAGAAGCCUGAGUCGUGGAGAUCAGUUGGCAAGCAUGACACAAGAAACAAGGUGGGAAAGAAGUAACUUGAGGAAGUAAAUCUUCCAGGGAAAAAUAUGAAAACCCCCUAGUUUUCAUCAAGAACUGGAGAAGUGAAUCAAGAAACUGUAAGUGUGCUUUUUUUCAAAGGGAUCUGUGGACUGCUGUGUUUUCCUGCUCAAACUGCAGGCAUGGAUUCACUAGGGUCCAUCUUUCUGGGACUUGCCUCUUAGGAUUUGACCCUGAAAUGAGCUUGCAGUACUCAGUACACUCAGUAUUCAUUAUACCUUAUAAAAUAAUAAAGACUUAAAAGCCACAGCCAAGUUUUUUAUCUUAGUUAUGACAGGGAGGCAGAAUAGUGCUGCUGGCAACCUCCCCCAAAAAAGACUGGAGUUUAUAGAUGAAAAAGCAGGAAUUGUAGAAGGAGACUUUAAAGGUCUCAGGAUUGAAAAUGUUUCCAUUAAUGGUUGAAUAAAACCGAGAGUAACAACAAUAAUUCUGUCCAACCAAAUUGAGUUUGAAAACACUGUUCAGAGAUUAAGCACAGGCACUGGGAUCAUCUUUGACUGAUGGGCAAGGUAAGAAAUAGUUAUCAACAGUUCAGAAAAGGAGGAAGGCUGAGAAUAUGUUUACAUUACACAGACAGAGUAGGUAAUGAAGUGUUAGAUUAAUUUUGUUGGCCUCACCACAUGAUUUUUCCUCUCCAAAUACUUCACAGUACUACAGGAUAGAAGAGGUGGCAGUACAAUGGGCUGUGGUGGGCUCAAAUUGCUCAGCUGGAAGGCUAAAGAGCUUCACAGUUUGAUUAUUUUUGGGAGAGCGUUUGCCAGAGAACUCUCCAGGAACACAAGCAAAAAGUGGUGAUGGUGAAAUGCUUGGCAAGAGCAAGCACAGAAAGUGAAAAAUUUUCAUCUAAUUUUCUCAGCUAAACUGAUGGGAAUUUUCUUAGUGAAUCCUAUCAGAUGCCAUGAAGUCAGUUCUAGUCCAGUUGUCGGAGGCAAUCUAUAAUCUUGGUAUUAAGCUGUGUGAGUUUGGAGAUAGGGAGUGUCUGCCAUCAUAUGGCUCUUCAUUAGAGACAUUUUCAUUAAGGUAUACCUUUGUUUUGCAUCAGUUAUUUACAAAUGAGUGGAUUUAGCUUUUUGAAUAAAUUGCAUUUGAAAAAUUAUUAAGAAUAUCAUGUGCUUUGCAGAGUUUGUGACCAUUACCUUGUAGAGAAAUAUAAUUCAGCUAAACACGUCUGCUGUAUGAAAGUACAUGUCCGUCGCUCUCAGAAAUACAAAAUGUCAGAAAAUUGUCUUUUAGUUAUGGAGGUACUCAUGUGAGCUUGGCAUGUUAUGUCACCAGGAUUAUACUUCCUCUUCUUUCCCCAAGCAAUAAUAUACUUUUAUACUUUUCCUGAAUACUUUUGAACAGGUACAAUUUGGCUGCUGGGAAUGAAGAAUUAUGCAUCUUCUGAUGCAAGGUAUUACUGUAAAGGCUUUAGUCAAAUCAAGGCAGGUGUUAACUUCCCAGUGUUAUCUUGGAAGUCUAUUACAAGAGUUGCUUUGCUUAUUUAAAGAUCCUUGAAAUGAUGAUUGUGCUAUUAUAAAUUAUUUUCAGCUGACAUAGCCAUACCAUAGAGAACAAAUUUUGACAAGAGAUAUAAAGCAGGUAGUUUUUAUACUAUUAACAUUCUGAGUGCCUUUGAGUACUUUGUUGAUGAAAAAAACAGCAAUGCUGUAUACCUGAAUACUCCCAAGGAAAACUUUUAAUUGGUUUCGUGCUCUUACUGAAGCACAUGUAUUCUGAUAAUUUUCUCUAAAAGGAUUAGUUGUCAUGCAUUCUUGAGGUAAGUUAGCCUUUGCCUUUAUAAGCACAUAUAGUAUUUCUAAUCUCAAUUCGGUUGUAUUUUUGCAGGGAAAUGCAAGCAAAAGCAUUCAUUACAUUGAAAGCCCCAGUCUCUGAAAAAGAUUAAAAAAAAAGUCUACUCUGUGUUCUUGAAUUGAGGAUUGAAAUAAUGGUACCCAAGCUAGCCUCAAAAGCUGCUCUGUUUACCUUGAGAUGCUGAACAGGACUUCAGAACAGUUUAUGGGCACCAGUGCGGUGUUGUUCCUGUGCCUCGUGUCAUCAGGACUGUGCAGUCUGCAGCUCCAGUGUGGUGUCCUGCACUUGGUGCUGCUGCCACUAUUGUAGUGAGCUUGGCAGAGCAAGCCCAGGUGAACUGUGCCAGUUUGAUAGAUUCAAAAUGUCUGGUUCUAAGGAAAUUGUUUGGGGGUGUUAGAGCAGCUCAGUAGCUUAACUUCAAGUGUAAUUUCCUAGGUUUUUUUUUCUGGGGGAAGGGAAAAUAUGUUGUUGUUUUGAAAAAUAUCAAUUAAAAUCCGUUAGAUGUCAGAAGACAGAGCCUAAAAACAAAGGAGGUUUUACUUGAUUCCUAUCAAUGGCCUGUCUAUAAUCCCAGGAAUUAUCAGUGUUAUCUGAACUGUUGGAGCUCAGCAGAGCGGCUGGAAGAGAGGAGUCAACACUGUAUCACUAAGGAGCUCUGUGUAAGUGCUCUGCAGACUGUCAUCUGGGAAUCCAGCUUUGAAAUAUUUAUGCAAAGCACUACCAAAACCAGUCCCUUCAGACAAAGCAGCGGUUUGCUCAGAUUGAUCUGAGUGCAGUAAGCAGCAAGUCCUGAGUUAAUGACACCCAGGAGACAGCCCUGACGGAGUUUUUCUGGUGGUCUGAGCACAGUCUGCCAUUGCAGGGCUGCUCCCGGACACGUUUCCACAGUGAGAUGACCCUGGUCAGGAGAGGAGCUGCUUUUCUGCACCCUUUCCUUUCUGCAGUUCUUCUUAGCUCAUCAUCUUGUUGGGUAUCUGUACUAAUUUAUUCCUACCACUCAUGUCAGAUGAAAGAAUCACAACUUGCCCCUGGCGUUAUCUUUUGGGGGAGCACCCCUUUUGGGACACGAGGGCUGGUGGUGUAACAGCACAAGAUUUUCUGCGUUAGCACAGGCUCGGGCAGCAGGGCUGUAUUAGCUCUGUCACCACAAGAAACAAUCCUACAGAAGGAUUGCUUUGGUGUUAUCUACGUAUGCAUUGGUAUUUACAGGAGUCAGUUCAUUUUUAGACACAUAGAUUUAUACAAGCGGAAGACAAAAUACACUGAGACCUUCUGCUUGAGACUAGUGUGCUCCUUCUGAUGUUUUGUGGUCAGCAUGAUUUUCAAAAAGGGCAGAAAUAGAAGGGCCAAUGAAAAACCGUGGCUAAUUAAAUGUGAAAGGUGCUGUCCUUGUGUGGACUGUCUGUUAAUGGUAUGACAAGCUCUGGUAAAGAGCUUAGCUGGCCAGAUUAAAAUUAAAAAAUUGUCUCAGUCCAUCUGCUAGCUCCAAGGAGUUUACUUCCAUCACCUUUGCUUGUUUCUUCACUGAAGUGGAAUACCAUCUUUGAAAAGAAAAAAAACAUUUCCAGGAUGUCUUGGUUGACUUUUUUUGCUGAAUGUUUUUUCUGAAGGUAUUUACAUGUGACGUCAAGACAUUUUCAAGAAGGGCAAUGCUCUUGGUUGGUUCAAGGAUACGUUAAAGACAACAGCUCUUCUAAAAGGGAUUUGCUUUUUCUUCCUUGCAUAUUGGCUUUUUUUGACACAAAUAAGUAUGUUUGGCUUCAUUUGGAAAAUGUUUCUUUGCCUUCCAGUUUUGGGAGUGAUCAAAGGUGAUCUUCAAAUAGUUGCAGCAGAAGGUUAUUCAGCUACAGAAGGAGGGCAGGCUAAAGAUGGUUCACCAAGCCCUCAGCUCAGUGGCUGGCAGUUGGCAAACUCUUCUCUGCCUCCUGAGCUGAAAAAGCUCAAUGGCAUUGUGGAGGCUGAACAGGUCAGCAAGCGUCUGCUGUUGCGAAGGAAGCGGUCCGUUCUCUUUCCCAGUGGAGUUAAGAUCUGCCCUGAUGAAUCUGUUGAGCAGGCUAUUGCCAACCAUCUGAAAUAUUUCAGACUCAGAGUGUGUCAGGAAACAGUCUGGGAGGUCUUCAAGACAUUCUGGGAUAGACUUCCUGAGCGUGAAGAAUACCACACCUGGAUGAACCUCUGUGAGGAAGGAGCAAUGAGUAUCUUUGAAAUGGGCACAAACUUCAGUCAGUCUGAGGAGCACCGGAGUCUGAUUGUGAAGAAACUGUCCUAUACAAAGGAAGCAAUGGGCAGCUCCUGCACUGAUUGGUCAUGUGGCAGUAGUGGGACUCCAACUCCAGCUUUGGAUGCUGAUGUUACCACACUGAGAGAUGCAGCUGCCAAUGUUCCUCCCCCUCAUGAGAUCUCUGUCGAGAGUCCUGUGGGUGGUACUGUCCAUGAGAUUGAAGAUGCAGAUACUACUAUCAAUAAUGAGAUAAAAAAACAGGAUGAGAAGCUAAUGAGACCUGUAACUGACCAGAUGAUUGAGUUCAGCAUUUUGAUUGCUGGUGAAAAGUACAGUGAGGAGCUGAAGGACCCAGCUGCUGUGAAGCGUCAACUGCUCUCUGAACAAUUCCUCUCUCAGAUCAAAAGUGUGUUUGAAGGACUACCUGGAUACAAAAGCAUCCAUGUCCUGGAUUACAGCUCUCCUGAGGACGACAGUGGGGUGGAAGUUCACUAUGCUGUUACAUUUGAUGGAAAAGCUAUCAGCAAUGCCACCUGGGACCUGAUUAACCUUCAUUCCAACAAGGUGGAGGACAACUCCUUCAUGGGCAUAGAGGAUAAUCCAACCGUUGUGUACACCAUCAGUGAUUUCCGAGACUAUAUUGCUGAAAUCCUCCAGAAAAAUGCCUUGCUUGAAAACAUUUCCUUGUCAUUAGACCCUAACUCUCUCCAGCUUACUAAUGUGAAAGAAAUACUACACCCGACAGAAGAUGACCCAUCCUGGAUUACUGAGCAUCCCAUUGUGCUGGAACGCACAGAGUUCGAUGACAGCACCUUUUUAGCUGAACGGCCUUCAGCAGAUGAAUCAACUGUCAGCAAUACCUUGCCCUUUGAUUUCAUCAAACCAGAUUCCACUUCAGAGAGUGAACAGUCCAAUGACAAUGAAAUCUGGCCAAGACCAGAAAAUCUGGACUCUCAGGCCAGUUUGGCACCUGAAGCUCCACUCUCCUCAGAAGCUGACGUCACUUCUUUGCCUGAUGGGCUGAAUUUAGAGGAUGGGAAUCAGACUCCUCAUUUGGUCACUGCAUCAGUGUUAGAGCAUGAUUCUGUGGACACUCUGGAAUGGCUUCCAGCCUCCAAUUCUUUAGAUGUGUUUGAAGAUACUGGACUAUCUGAAGAAUUUCUUUUGCCUUCAAGUCCUCCUCACCUUGUGCCUGAAGAACCUCCAUCUACAGAUGAUUAUGCAGUUCCUCUGCUUUCUGCACCAACAGUGGCCUCUUCAUCAGUCAUAGAGACUGAUAUUAAAGAAACAGUAUCUGCUGAGAAGGAAGAUGUAACUCAGGGCAGUCCUGCAGACAGUAACAAUGCAGACUCUGUGUUGCAUAAGUCUGUGGAAGAAAUUCCUUUGCCCUUAGAAGUACACCCUGUGGAAGAUGAAACUGAUAUAUAUCUUGGAGAUAGAGUUAUAUAUGAUGAGGGCUCUGGUUCAGCUUUUGAUGGUUCAGGAAAAGAAAUUGAACCAAAUAUUUGGCCUUGGGAAGAAGCAACACUGGAACCAGUUUUCUACCCUAGUCCUGAUAGCUGGCUUGAAGAUGACAAUGGGUCUUUGUUAAUCAGAACUGAGGAUAUUCCUGAAGGUAUGAUCUUAGACUAUAUCCUUAACUCUGGUAACAAAUUAGAUGAUGUUCCUUCCAAAGAUGAGAAUGAAGGUUUGGCCAAUAUAAAAGAAGAUUUCCUUGAUGAGUCUGAAAUAUUUGUCUUUCCAGAGACUACAACGCAGCAGGUACCUCUGUUACAGACAGAAGAGCCAUCAUCUGUGGAACCAUCUACACAGACAGAAACACUGAGCAUGUAUGAUUCUUCUUCUGUUAAACCAUCCGUUGUUUCAGAGCCUUCAGUGGACCAUUUCUUUGUAGACAUGCCAACUGGAGAGGCACCUGUCUCACCACACAAUACAGGUCUGCCUGUGGAAGAUGGCCUCCUUACCUCUACAGGGACUGUCAGUAUGGAGCAACCUGAAGAGUCCAGUGUAGGUCAGAACAUUGUUUCUGAAGCAGUUGAACACCAAAAGGAAGACAGGACAAUGGUAGAAGAAAUAUUCACAGUAGGGCAGACAGAUGUAGCUGAAGCUGCUACAAUAGGCCACUUGGACACAAGCUCUUCAGAAACUAUUCUGACUGCAGAUCCUUCCAUGGUAAACCCUGAUAUUUCCACAGAAGAGCAGCAAACCCUAGAUUCAUCAUUGGCAGGCCAAGACACUACUGGAUCAGCAGUGAAGAAACCAGCUGAUACUUGGUCUACUGACAGAGCACUAGAAAACUCAUUAGAUCAGACAGUGCAAUCAGCAAUGCCAACUGCCACUCAAGUUGCAACUGCAGCUCCUACUGUACUAGAUCAGACCACUGUUCUAGAUGGCUUUGCCGUACAGGGUGGUACAGACCAUGACAUGCUUGGUUCCAUGAGCUUCAGCACUGCUAUGAACCCUCAUGUAACAGGGAGUGUAGAAACAAGCACUGAGCUUCUGUCCCAUCUCCCUCCUGUGGGAUCCACAGUGUCAUCAUCUGUAGCUACCUCAACAAAGCUGGGAGAUGGAACAACAAGAGUCCUGGACAUUUCAGUGGACCUGGAUCGUGUGAGCACUGUCCACUUUUCUCCUGAGCUGACUGAGGGGGGAAGGAGCAUGACUGAAAGUCAUGUGGAGUUAACAACUCGUGUCCAGUCCACAGAGAUGGCCAGCGUGGCUUGGGCCACACAUGAAAAUCGCAGUAGUACUCCCAUCCCAUCACGAGCUCUAGUUGUGUUUUUCAGUCUUCGGGUUACCAACAUGAUGUUUUCAGAGGAUCUGUUUAAUAAAAACUCCCCUGAGUACAAAGCGCUGGAACAGCGAUUCUUGGAACUGCUGGUGCCCUACCUUCAGUCAAAUCUGACGGGCUUCCAGAAUCUGGAAAUCCUGAACUUCAGAAAUGGCAGCAUUGUGGUGAACAGUCGAAUGAAAUUUGCCAAACCUGUGCCUCGGAAUGUCACCAACGCUGUGUACUUGAUCCUGGAAGACUUCUGCAACACCGCAUAUCACACCAUGAACCUGGCCAUUGAUAAAUACUCCCUGGAUGUGGAAUCAGGUGAGCAAGCAGACCCUUGCAAGUUCCAGGCCUGCAAUGAGUUCUCUGAGUGCUUAGUAAAUCGCUGGAGCGGGGAAGCUGAGUGUGUCUGCAAUCCUGGCUACCUAAGCAUUGAUGAGCUGCCAUGCAACAGCAUUUGUGAUCUGCAACCAAACUUCUGCCUGAACGAUGGGAAGUGUGACAUAAGCCCUGGGCAAGGGGCCAUCUGUAGGUGUCGUGUGGGCGAGAACUGGUGGUACAGAGGGGAGCACUGUGAAGAAUAUGUGUCUGAGCCACUGGUUGUGGGUAUUGCAAUUGCUUCUGUGGCAGGAUUCCUUCUGGUGGCAUCUGCUGUCAUCUUCUUCUUGGCCAGGACCCUUCGAGACCAGUACACAAAAAGUGACACUGAGGACUCGCAGGGGCAGGGUGACAGCCUCUCCUCCAUUGAGAACGCAGUUAAAUACAACCCCAUGUAUGAAAGUGAUACGACUGGCUACAGCCAUUAUUACCGGAGAUACCCUCAGCUAACAUCCUACAGUUCUACCAGUGCAGAGACAUCCACAGACUACAGCAGUGAAGAGAUCAGGCACAUUUAUGAAAACAGUGAGCUUACUAAGGAGGAAAUUCAGGACAGAAUUCGAAUUAUAGAGCUCUACGCUAAAGACCGUCAAUUUGCAGAAUUUGUUAGGCAGCAUCAAAUGAAGCUGCUAUAAGAGAAAAAGAAAUUGGUAGAAUGCAUGUGGGAGAUAAAGACUACCUUGUUGCCAUAGCAAUGGGCUCAGAUGUAACUGCAAAGUUACUUAUAGUCUUAACAUUGCAUGGAUGGAUACAGAUGUUUUCUAAAUGAAUGGCUAAAAUGUACAGAUGUCCGUUUAUCUCAAUUACUUCUGGCUUUUCUGUGUAAGGUGACAUUUUUAAGAGGUGAUCAGAAGGGGCAGAGGUUACGAAAGUUCAUUUUUCUUUAACUCUGAAAUGGACAGUGAAAGUUUGUAUACCAAGGCAAAAAAAAUUCUCCUCAGGUAAGAGAAGAGACAUGCACAACCAAAAUAAAAUGCGUGUUUAAAAUCCCUGUCUCGCAUUUGUCCCCUCACUUGAGACUACUGUAGCAAUUUCACAGGUAUAAAGCACAAGUGGAAAGAAAUAAUUGGUUUGCACACAAAAGAUUUGUAGGGGAGCACUAUUGUGCUAGAAUGACAUUAGGAUUUUUUGAAAUAAUUCCUAUUAUAAACACAAACGAAACCUCACCAGAAAAAAAAACAUAUUUUUGUGUACAGACGCCUGAUGGACAUUUUGUUGUGUGGCAUUAGCAAAACAGAGGAUAGCACUGAGCCUUCUUGCCCCUCAAAGGCUCCCCGCAACAGCGAGCAUCACUCCUGCCUGUCAGGGAUGGCACAUGAUGCCUCAGCCAAGGGCUCAGCUCAGUGCUUCUGCAGUGCAGCGUGGUGCUCUGGAAGCCACGGUGGGUGGCUUUUCCAGCUGUUCCCAACAGCCACACAAGCUGGGGCACAAAGGGGCUUCUAGCGUGCAAAAGUUCUGUGAAGCUUAAGUAACUAACAUUGACUUUUUUUUUUGUAUGUAGACAAUUUCUUCAAUAUUUUAUAAGUUUAUAUGUAUUAUUUUUUUUUUGUUGUGUAUUUCCCUAUUAGCUUAAUUCCAUAAUGGAUUUAAUUGUUGAAAUAGAAAAAUGAAUAGUUUAAUGAUUAAAUCCUACAGUGGCAUUUGUGACCAUCCUUUUAAAAAAUACAUUUAGUAUUUACUCAGUGUUGAGUUCAGCCCACUAAUAUUUGAAUUUUCUUUACUGAACUGGGCAAUAGCCUGCCAUGAGCUCUGUUUCAAAAUCAGGUUGUGGUAUUUAAGUGCAUGCAUAUUAGGGAUGGCAGCACUUUCCUAUGGGGAAGGAAAAAAAGGAGAUUAUUCUUGGCUUAGUGGAAGUCAGUGUAGAAUUCCUGUUUAAGGAGAAGUCAGCCUAAAGCUUUUCUAAACAGCUGAAUUGAGACGGGGGCCUCUGAGGUACAGAAUCAGAGUUUUAUCUUCAAGUGACACAGAGAGUUCUGACUGCAUGUUAAGGUGUUCAGUGUCUCUUGUUCAAGGUAUUAACACCACUGUCUGGGUUAGGGCACUCACAGUCUGACAUUAGUUUCUGCUAGCAAACAAGGCCAAGUUAUCUGUGUUUUUUAUGAAGUCUGUAGUUCUCGGCCCACAUGUGCCAACAGCCACCUGAUGCUUUUUAGAGAUAAAUGAUAGUGAGGAUUACUUACAGGCGGCUUAGCUAAACAAGCGAAUAUUUCAAUGCACUUCUUUUGUGUGUUCUGCAGAACCUCACUGGGUCACUUGUGUAGUGUCUUCUUGCCUUGAGUGGCAGGGAAUGGCUAUCAGAACCACAAAUCUGUCAAAUGCUCACAGAAACCACACAAGAGAGCAGAAAGUCAUAUGGUGCUGCUGAAUACUGUUGUGACCAGAUGUCAUGAGAGAGGCCCCCAUUGUGCUGGGUGACCCCAGGGCUCUAUAGAGCAGCUGGCCCAGAGUUUCUGAAGCACAGCCCAGUCCCUCCUGCCCCCGCAGCAGCACGGCUGAGCCUUCCCGUUACACCAGGGCCUUGUGGUCGUGGUAAGGGUACAACAUAGAGAAGUACAGGUGGGCCGCCAGCCCUGGGAGCGUCCCUGCUGCUCCUGCUAAACGCAGCACUGGAGGGCAGCUGGGAUCAGGCAUAUUUUAAAGGUAUCCUACUCAUUGCUGUGCACAAACUGAGGAGAGUCUUGGUUAUGCUGAGUAUGAGUUAUUUCAGUGUAUAUACAGUGAAUCUUUUAUUUGUGUGUGUGUAUACAUAUGAACAUAAUGGCAUCUUAUUUUCACUACAAUAAAAAGUUAUUUCCAAAA